GACUCCAGAUUCUGAACUCCUACCGAACAGUCACGAGUCCCCCCUAAUCACGUCACCCACCCCCACCCCCACCCUCCUCCCGACCCGGCCGGCCACGCCACGCCACGCCAAUUCUCCCAAUUCUCGCAGCCCCCGCCAUGGCCGACGAGGAGGACGCCGGCGCCCUCUCCGACGUCGACGAGGACCCCCUCCCCCCACCUCCCCCAUCCACCUCCUCCUCCUCCUCGAUCAAACCCCCACCCGCAUCACAGCCCCACCACGCCGAUGCGGCGGCGGCGGCCGCCCAGCAGCAGCGCCUGCUCGACCUCACCGCCGAGCUGGAGGAGGAGCGCCGCCUGCGCCGCGCGGCGGAGGAGUCCCUCGCGAGCUCCGAGACCCGCCUCGGCCGCCUCAAGGCGUUCGCGCAGGACGCGCUGCGGAAGCGCGACGACUUCAAGGCCGAGUCCGCCGCCUCGUCCCGGGCGCUGCAGGCGCUCCAGGCCGAGGCGGCCACCGCCUCCUCCAUGCUCUCCUCCGGCCUCGAGCGGAUCUCCGCCAAGGCGUCCCCGUCCACCCCGCCCGCCCCGCUCCCCACCUCCGCCAAGUACUCCGCCGGCCUCCCGGCCCUCGCCUACGGGGUCCUCAAGCGCGCCAACGACAUCGUCGACGACCUGCUCGCGCAGAUCGACGCCGCGGGCCGCGACCGCGACCGCGCGCGCCAGGACAUGGACCAGCGCAACUACCAGAUCGCCAUCGAGGUGUCCGAGCUCGAGGCGGCCGUGGCCUCCCGCGCCGCCGAGUCUGAGUCCCUCUCCAGGUCUCUCUCCGACCGGGAGGCGGAGAUCUCUGCGCUCCAGGAUAAGGUCGGAUCCCUCGUGGCCAAGAUGGACGCGCAGAGGCCCGUCCUCGCCGAGCAGAUCGGCUGCGCCUCCAGGCUCUACGAUGAGCUGCGCGAGCUAGUUAUGCUGGUGGACGCUGACGCCGCCACCGCACUGCCCGACUCUGUCUUCGUGUGGAAGGAGACAGACGUGGAGGAGAGCCUCAAGGUUUCGCUCGAAGGGACCAGGAUGGCUUACGACAUCGCAGCCAUGGCGCUGCAGAAGGUCGGGGUGUGGCGGGAUAAGGGGAAGAGCAAGGUGACGGAGCUUGAGGAGAGGGUGGAGGAGCUGACCCGGGAGAAGGAGCACAUUGGGGUGCUGCUCCGGAGCGCGCUGCAGGCUAACACGACCGAGGUUUUGAAGGUGGCCGAGGAUGGGCUGAGGGAGGCGGGAAUCGAGAUAGGGCUCAACGGCCACAGGGAUCACAGGCCAGGGAGCACGGAGAAGGAUGAAGUAUAUACAUUGGCAGGGGCAUUGGAGAACAGCAUGAAGGAGUCCCAGAUUAAGAUCAUUGAGCUGCAACAUCUUGUUGAAGCACAAAGGGCAGAGUCAAGUCUACUAAGGACGAGGAUGGAAGGGCAAGAAAAGGAGAUUGGUCAGCUACGGAAGCAGAUAAAACAUCUUGAAGAGAAGGAAAGGAUGGCCAAUGAAAGCGUUGAGGAUCUGAUGGUGGACAUUACAGCUGCUGAAGAGGAGAUUCAAAGGUGGAAGAUGGCAGCAGAGGAGGAAGCUGAUGCUGGUAGAUCAAUUGAGCAAGAGUUCCAGACUCAGAUUUCGUCCCUCCACAAGGAACUAGAGGAAGCAAGAGAAACAAUGGUUGAGCUGCAAAACAAGCUCAAGUUCAAGGAGGAGACGGCGGCCGCAGCAAUGGCAGCGCGCGAUGCCGCAGAGAAAUCCUUAAAGCUUGCUGACACGAGAUCCGCGAGGCUGCGCGAGCGGCUGGAGGAGCUCAACAGGCAGGCGGAGGAGUCAGACAACAGGGCAGACCCGAGCAGCCGCAGCGGUCACAGGUACGUGUGCUGGCCGUGGCAGUGGCUGGGGCUGAACUACGUACGACUGCCGCCCGCCGAGGCAGAGGAGACCUCCAACGAGAUGGAGCUCUCCGAACCCCUGAUAUAGCAGCGGCGUGAUGUUUAUACAAAUCGAAACACGGGCGUCUGCUCCUUUGUUUCGACAAAAGAAAAAGCAAAGAGAACAUUAGUUUUUUUUUUAGCUUGGGUUCUUCCUGUAGAUGUUUGGCAAAUUUGUCCGUGCGUGUUUGUAGUGUGCAGACUCACGAGGGUGUUUGACGGCGGUGUGUAAUUGUAGAGAAAAGUUACCGACUCGGGAUAUAGUGAAGAUAUUUCAUUCUUUGGGAAAA